AUGGAUGAAACAUACUCGGAGAGUGAUGUUUCACUCUCUCCCUCACAGAUAUUGGAACGUUUACAAGUGUUACGACAACUUCAGUUAAUGCAGCGCGGGAAGCUGCAAAAACAACGAUUAGAAUACAAUCAAAAUUCUGAAACUUCAUCAAGUAUCACUGAAAUUGUAGGCCAUUUUAGUAAUACUACAAGUUAUAACACAUUUCGUAGUUUAUUGCAGUCUAGCAAUGAUAUUUCGAUUGAGGGUACACCUCGUACUAACGGUACUGAAAUUUCGCCUAAGGUGCAAGAAAGGGACUUAAUUGACGGCGUUUCAGUUCUCAACCUUUCCCAAGAGUCCGAGUUUAUUGUCAACUCCCCUGUAUCUAGUAGAAGUAGGACAUCAGCCCCUUCAAGAAACUUAGGGGAGCUACCUUCAGAGCCAUCACAAAACACAAGCAAUAAAACUUCAGUGAACUCCUCUCUCAACAAGAACCCACAAGUGAAAAAACAAAUAUCACUGGAUGAAAUGCCAAUUCUGUCUCCUAAAAAAGAUUUUGAAGCUUUACUCAUAGAAAAACUUCAGAGUGAAAAAAGUGCACCCAAACCUAAAAGCCCAAAUAAGGACCAUUCUGUUAUCACUAACAAGAAAAGACCUUUUCUCAGACGAGGUGAAGGUAUAGCUCGAUUUGGUCUAAGAAAAAAUGAUUUUGUUAUACAAAACACAAAAUCUCUGCCAUGGAAAAGAAAAAGCUUCCAAAAUAAAACUGAAUCUCCAUUAAAAUUGAAUCUAAAAAAGCUUAAAGAGAAAAAUAAUGAUGUUCCAAAAGAAAAAACAAGUAAUGCACAAAAUAAAAAAUCUGAUAAUGUUCAAAGUGACUUGAAAAAAGUUGAGAAAGAUGAUGUGGUUACGUCUGAACCAUCACUACUAGUAACUGAUAUACAUCAAGCUAAGUUAGUAAGAAAGAAUCAAUCUAAACCAAGGCUCUCAGACAAAAAUGAUGAUCCAGAAGUGAUAACGAGAAAAGUACCAGAAAUUAAACCAACAACUGUGGAACCCAGUACUCCAAUCAAUCGAAACAUUCAACAUAUCAAUAAACCACUAGAAAGACCAGAAUUCCCAAAGAACAAACACCCUCUAGUAGCCAAUAAAGGGAAAUCUUGGGCCGCAGUACUAACACAAGAACAAAACGACUUCCUCAGCCAGCUGAAGCAGAGUGACUACUAUAAAAACUUUGUUUCACCUUCAAAAAGUGUGAUAUCAGAUGCUAGCUGUGAUGAAACAAUGACAAAGUUAAGAUAUGAGAGGGAAGCUGCUGAACAAAACAUGUUCGAACUACUAGAAAAUAAAGUCACACAUGAUAGUUUCAGUUUAGAAAACUCAUUCUUUGAUAGAUUCCUAAGAAGUAACUUGGAAAGCUCAACUGAAAGUACCCCUUUAAUCCUUCAAAAGUGUUUGGCACGAAACCCAAAUCUUAUAAAUAUUUUACCUGGGUUGAAAGGUAGAGUCAGAAAUGAGAACUCUCAUAGUGAUGCAGAGACUUGUUCUAGUAAUUGUUCUGACUGCAGUGAUGCAUGCUCAUCAUGCUGUUCUUGCAGAAAUGUUGACCAAAGUAAUUAUUCUGGGAAGAAGUCUCCACAGAAUCAUAAUGAACACAACAAUAAGAAUGCAAAAAGUAUACAACCAAAAAGAAAAGCAGUCCAAAUAAAUCAUCAAAAAGAGGAUGAAUCAAAAGAAUGCCAUGAUGACACAAUGACAGAAACUGAUGUCAUGAAAACGAACAUGGCAGAAAUGAAUGCCAAACUGAUAUCCACAAGUGAAUUACUAAAAGACAGACUUUGUGAAUUGGAAGACGAAAUAGCUACUUUCAAAAAGGAAAAUGCUAAUUUGGCAAAAUUACGCGAAGAAGUCGACCAAGACAGGCAGAAGUUUUACGAAGAAAAAGCAGCUUUUGAACAAAAGUUCAAUGAAGAAAAAGUUCUAUCAGAAUAUUAUCUAGCAGAAGAAAAAGAGAAACUAAAUAAACAGAAGCAAAUGUAUGAGAGAUAUGUGAGAGAAAUGAGAGGCAGACUGAAUAAGAAAGACAAAGACGAAGUCGUGAAUUUGAAGAAAGAAAUAAACGAUCUUAAAGAAGAAAUAAGAGUAAAAGAUGCUAAAUCUACUUCAACGAUAGCUAGACUGCGAAACCAAAUCAAAAUAAUGGAGAAAGAAAGGAAAGAUUUGCAGGAAGAAGUAGAGAAACUAAAGAAGCAAAACAAGAGAAUCCAACACAGUAAUGAAGUGACACGAAGACUGACGAAUAUAAAAUAUCUUGAGGAAAUCAAUAAAAAGUUGACUAACAUGAGUAAUAAGGACAGUAGGUCUGAAGUCAGCGAAGACCGCGACAUCAAAUAUAAGGCCUACGAGAUCGAAAGGCAAAGUAGAAGCAGGAGAGUUGAACCAGUUGGAAAAAGCACUAUUAGGCCAAGGGCAAAGAGUGUUCCUAACUUAAAUGUCACUUCUAGAUAUGCUAAGUACUUCAGCCAGAGGGACACUCUUAGUCAAAUAGAACAAAACAAACUACCGAAUGUGGAAAGAAUAGAUUAUUCUGAUGAAGAAAAUGAGGAAAGAGAUAAUGACACAAUUUCAAAUGAAUCUCUAGAUGAUGAUGACAGAAAUGAGGAUAGUAAUAACUUAGAAAAAAUAUACAUUGAAAGAUUUAAGUCAAGUUCACCAAAAAGCGCAAGAUCCAGUGGUUCAAGUUUGAAUUUUGAACUCAAUUUAAAUGAGAAACCAAACUUAAAUGACAACGCUAAAAGUUUCUUCAUACAAAAAUCUAGUUCUGGUUCAUCAAGGACUUCAAAGUCACCAAGAAGAACGAUAUCUCCAUGUUUCAAUGCAAAUGAGACUGUUAUAAACCGGGCAAAAUCUCCUAUUUCCAUCCUAAGCAAUAAAUCUAGUAAGUCGCCUCCAUCACGGAACUCUACGGAGUACUUAUCAAGUCGUUCAGGAUCCAUCGCGACACAGAACAGAUCAAAAUCUCCAGUUUCUUCUUACAACCAUUCUUCUAUGAAGUCUGUGACAGUGAUACACAAUGAACAGUAUAGAGAUAAGCUCAUGAACUUGAGUCCGGAACCUUCCAUUAGCAGAACUAGUUUGUCAAAAACUAGUUUGAAUCCCACUGAAGUGAAGAAACCAGAUGGUUCUAAGGAAUUGAGGUUUCCUAAUGGCAAUGUAAAGUACAUAUCCGCAGAUGGCAAAUAUAGCAAGUUUGUGUACUACAACGGAGAUGUUAAGGAGAACUUCUACAGUGAUGGCAGGAUCAAAUAUUUCUAUGCUGAAACUAAGACCUACCACACUACUCAUGCUGAUGGAUUGGAAGUCUUGGAGUUCCCUGAUGGCCAAGUAGAAAAACGCUACAAAGACGGAUCAUCUGAGAUCCGGUUACCAAACGGCAGCGUCCGUUACUUCGACCCGAAGAACGAACACGUUAGAGAAGAGUGGCGGUUCCCGGACGGCGCGGCGCUCACCGUCUCCGCUAGUGGCGAACAACGAAUUGUCUUUAGCAACGGACAAGUAGAAGUUCAUGCUAAAGAUCAUAAGCGCCGCGAGUUCCCUGACGGUACUGUAAAGCUGGUUUACAACGAUGGUACGUCUGAAACACGGUACGCGUCUGGACGCGUGCGCAUCAAGGACAAACAUGGCAACCUCAUCAUGGACUCCGCCCCCGGAUGA